AGAUAAUCAUGUUUUUAUUUUUGAGUUAUUUAUUUAAAUCAUGCAUGUACAAAAUUAAGAUUUUUCUACUACAACUCCGAUGGCUCGUUUACGUAGACCACCGUGGAUUUCAGUACUUCCGGUUGAAAUAUGGAAGUUGGUAAAAAACUUUUCCAAGGAUUAUAUCAAAGAUUACCAUGCAUUUAUCAAUCACAAACACGUAAUAAAUGGCUGAGGUAUGGAGAAGAUAAGGGAGAAGAAAUGUACAAACAUGUCAAAUUCCGAAGGAACAAGAGGAGAGCUAAAUUCAAGAAAGAUGUGCCAUAUGAUAAAAGAUUCGAGAUGACCCCGAAAAUGAUGGCACCAGGAAAACCAGGAGCAAGGAAACAGUGGCUUGAAAAGUUGGCUACUAGAGCUCAGGGGGUCCAGGCCACUGGGAGAAAAAUAGGCAAACUCUACCAAGUGAUACCCGAACGUAUACCAGAAUUUGUUGUUCCAGAUCUUACAGAUUUCAAGUUGAAACCUUAUGUGUCUUGGAAAACCCCAGAUGUUGUACAAGGAGAAUUCACCCCACGGAAUCUGUUCGACGCAUGUUACUCAAAACAAAUCAUAGAAGACUUUAGAGCUGGAAAAAUUACACUGGAACAAUUAGAAAAAGAAGCUGAAGAGCAUAACAGUAUAUCUGACACUGAAGCAUUAAAUAAAUAUCUUGGUUCAGUACCUGAUGA